ACCUCGUUACAACAAUAUAUACAAAGACGCUCAUGUUAUUAUAAAUAAACAAAUAAAUAAACAAAGAAACAAAUAAAUAAAUAAAUAAAUAUAACUGUUUAACACUGACAUUUAUUUUUAAAAAUCUAAAAAAUGUCAAUAGAAAUCGAGUCAGCUGAUGUUAUUCGUUUGAUUCAACAAUAUUUAAAAGAAUCAAAUCUUGUAAAGACUCUUCAAGCUCUCCAGGAAGAGACUGGAGUAUCAUUAAAUACAGUUGACAGUGUUGAUGGUUUUGUGGCUGAUAUAAAUAAUGGACAUUGGGAUACAGUACUAAAAGCAAUACAAUCAUUAAAAUUACCAGAUAAAAAAUUAAUUGAUGUUUAUGAACAAGUUGUAUUGGAGUUGAUUGAAUUGAGAGAAUUGGGUGCUGCACGUUCAUUACUACGACAAACUGAUCCAAUGAUUAUGAUGAAACAACAAGAGCCAGAGAGAUACAUACAUCUUGAAAAUUUAUUGGCAAGAUCAUAUUUUGAUCCACGUGAAGCAUAUCCAGAUGGUAGUACAAAAGAAAAACGUCGAGCAUUUAUUGCAAAUUCAUUAUCUGGUGAGGUAUCAGUUGUACCAUCAAGUAGAUUAUUGGCAUUACUUGGACAAGCAUUAAAAUGGCAACAACAUCAAGGUUUAUUACCACCAGGUACAACAAUUGAUUUAUUCCGUGGUAAAGCAGCAGUACGUGAUCAAGAAGAUGAAAAAUAUCCAACUCAAUUAUCAAAACAAAUUAAAUUUGGUCAAAAAUCACAUGUUGAAUGUGCACGUUUUUCACCAGAUGGACAAUUUUUAAUAACUGGAUCAGUUGAUGGUUUUAUUGAAGUAUGGAAUUUUACAACUGGUAAAAUAAGAAAAGAUUUAAAAUAUCAAGCACAAGAUAAUUUUAUGAUGAUGGAACAAGCUGUAUUAUCAAUGGCAUUUAGUCGUGAUAGUGAAAUGCUUGCAAGUGGUUCACAAGAUGGUAAAAUAAAAGUAUGGAAAGUACAAAGUGGUCAAUGUUUACGUAGAUUUGAAAAAGCACAUGCUAAAGGUGUUACUUGUAUACAAUUUAGUCGUGAUAAUGGACAAAUAUUAACAGCAUCAUUUGAUGCAACAAUAAGAAUACAUGGUUUAAAAUCAGGCAAAACAUUAAAAGAAUUUCGUGGACAUUCAUCAUUUGUUAAUGAAGUUGUAUUUGCAACAGAUGGACAUAAUAUAAUAAGUGCAUCAUCAGAUGGUACUGUUAAAAUAUGGAGUAUGAAAACAACUGAAUGUAUUGGUACAUAUAAAUCACUUGGUGCUGCUGAUUUAACAGUUAAUAGUAUACAUGUAUUACCAAGAAAUCCAGAACAUUUUGUUGUUUGUAAUCGUUCAAAUACUGUUGUCAUCAUGAAUAUGCAAGGACAAAUUGUACGUUCAUUUUCAAGUGGUAAACGUGAAGGUGGUGAUUUUGUUAGUGCUGUUGUUAGUCCAAGAGGUGAAUUUAUUUACUGUGUUGGUGAGGAUCUUGUUUUAUAUUGUUUUUCAACAUCAUCUGGUAAACUAGAACGUACACUCAAUAUUCAUGAAAAAGCUGUUAUUGGUCUUGCUCAUCAUCCUCAUCAAAAUCUUCUCUGUUCGUACAGUGAAGAUGGUAUUGUCAAACUAUGGAAGCCAUAAAUUAAAUAAUAUCUAUUUAAAAACAAAAAAAUUAAUGUGCGAAUGUGUUUUAAUAUCAAAAUAAUAAUAAUAAAAUAAAAUAUAAUCUUAAUUUGGUAGA